ACUCUUUGUUCAAUUUUGGGUUUCAUAUUGGGUUUUAAAUUGGGGUUUAUUUUUAGGGGCUUAUCUGGGUUUAUCAAGCUCAAGUGGAAUCACUGUUUUGAUGCCUGAAAUACUCAUAAAGGUGGUGCCGGGUUCCUUGUCCGUUGCCCUCUGCAUUUGUAUCUUCUAUCAAUGAAUUUAGUUCCCAAGAUCAAAGAGACGCAAGAUUAUAACUGAAAUCAAGUAUUACAUUAAAUUUGGCUGAGUAGAGGGGCAAGGCUGAUUUGGGGUUAGACCAGGAAGUAUUUUUUUUAUAUAUUUUUUAUGAAGGGCUUCAGGAGGUUAGGUUAUGAAAGAGGAGAAUGUUAAGGUUUUUGGUUUGAAUUAGGGAUUUCUGGGAUUGGUUUCACGUAAAGUUGUGGUCUUGAUUCGACAUCUUAAUAUGUAAGAAGAUAGGCCUAAUUGUGUAUUAAUAGUUGUUUACUUUGUAUAUCAAUAAUUUAACAGUUUGCUAACAUCUUAUCUGUUGUGGUGUCGAACAAUGGCACUUAAUCGACAUCUUAUCUAAUAGUAAUAGAAGAGAAUUUGUUAAAGUGCAGACUCUGCAGUACUAUGUAGAAUACUUUCUGACGUACCAAGCUUGGACCCUGUGUUUGCUUGGUGACUAUGAAGUUUACAUGUUUGAGCACAGGUGGUGGUUACCAUUUCCCACCUUGUCACAUACUGGAGAUAUGUGGUUUUAGGAUUCUAAUGGAUUGCCCAUUAGACCUUUCUGCUCUUUCAAUCUUCGCACCUAUCCCAUUUGCUUCAAAAGCUAGUUCCAUGGAUAAAGAGAAUCCCAGAUGCUCAAACCUUAGUGGUCCUUUAGAUUUGGAAGGACAGUCAGUUCGAAAGAGACAAAAAGUCGAAAGGCCCCUUGAUGCUGAUGAUUUAAUAUAUGCUGAGCCCUGGUACAAAACUGUCAGGAACUUGCACCUAUGGAAUACCUCUUUUAUUGAUGUGGUAUUGAUAUCAAGUCCGAUGGGUAUGCUAGGGCUACCGUAUCUUACUCGAAUAAAGGGCUUCUCUGCUAAGAUAUACGUGACUGAAGCGACAUCGAGACUUGGACAGCUUAUGAUGGAGGAUCUUGUUUCAAUGCACAUGGAAAUCAGGCAGCUUUUGGGACCUGAAGAGUCCUCUUUUCCUCAGUGGAUGAAAUGGGAAGAGCUGAAGCUUUUACCGUCUUUGUUGAGGGAUGUAGCUUUAGGAAAAGACGGAGAAGAGCUGGGUAGUUGGAUGCCCCUGUACAGUGCAGCAGACAUGAAGAAUUGCAUGCAGAAGGUUCAGACACUUAAAUAUGCUGAGGAAAUGUGCUACAACAGUACAUUGAUUAUAAAGGCAUUCAGUUCUGGUUUGGAGAUAGGCACUUGUAAUUGGACAAUAAAUGGUCCAAAAGGAGGAAUUGCAUUCAUAUCUAGCUCCAUCUUUGUCUCUGCUCAUGCAAUGAAUCUUGAUUAUAUUGCUCUUCAAGGGAAUGAUACUAUAAUAUAUUCAGAUUUUUCUUCCUUGCAUGAUAUAGAAGAUACUGAGAGCGAUAUCACUAACUGUAUUCCACCUAAACCUGAUUCUUCAUCUCUCAGAAAUGAAGAAAAUGAGGGACGAGAGUGGGUUGAGUCGCCGCUUCAUGUUGACGAUAGUAUGGAGGAAAUGCAGAAACUAGCUUUUUUGUCCUCCCAUGUCAUUGAUUCUGUAAAAGCCGGGGGUUCGGUCCUUAUUCCCCUUAGUCGACUUGGAAUUGUUCUGCAGCUGCUAGAACAAAUAUCAGCUUCACUGGAUGUUUCGGAUUUGAAGGUUCCUAUUUAUAUCAUUUCUUCUGUAGGUGAAGAAUUAUUGGCUUUCACCAACAUCAUACCAGAAUGGCUAAGCAAACAGCGGCAAGAAAAGCUGUUUUCUGGACAGCCAUCAUUUGGACAUGUCGAGCUGAUAAAUGAAGGGAAGCUUCAUGUCUUUCCAGCCAUCCAUUCACCUGAAUUAUUAAUGAAUUGGCAGGAGCCAUGCAUAGUUUUCUCUCCUCACUGGAGUCUGCGGCUUGGUCCUACUGUUCAUUUCCUGCGGCGCUGGUGUGGAGAUCAGAAUUCUCUACUCAUUCUCGAGCAUGAAUUGGAUGAUGAGCUAGCUCUCUUGCCUUUCAAGCCACUGUCGAUGAAGGUUCUUCAAUGCUCAUUUCUUUCUGGGAUAAGGCUGCAGAAAGUUCAACCGUUGAUGAACAUAUUGCAACCAAAAGUUCUCCUGUUUCCCAAGGACUUGAAGCUGAUUAACUCUUUAAAAGCAUCCUUGAUCUUCCAGUACUGCCCUGAUGAAACAUUGUGUAUACCAAGCUUUAAGGACAAGUCAGAACUGGAGAUUGCAACAGACUUAGCUCUCAGCUUUGAUUGGAGAAAUUUGACCCAGGGAAAUAUUAGUAUGGCAAGGUUGAAGGGAGAGCUUUUCAGAGAGCAUGGCAAACACCGGUUGAUCUCUGGAAAUGUGCACGAGUCCUCGGAGAUUGGACCAUUGGUGCACUGGGGUUCACCUGAUUUAGACAAGCUUUUGACAGUGUUGGCAAGCAGGGGCAUCAAGAGUACUCUCCGAAAUGCAAGUAGUGGUUGUGAAUCAGGGCCUGCUAUUUAUGUCGUAGUUGUAAGUGAUCCUAGUCAAGCACUAAUAGAGGUGAAAGAAACUAGCACAGUGAUUACUGCUACUAGCAAAAGCUUAGCUUCCAUUAUUUUUGAAGCUAUAGGAAGUAUUCUAGAUGGUAUUUAGAUGAAGGAAAUUUCUCUUUGUUUCAUACAAUUCUAGAUUAGACUGGACAGUAUACGUCUAGAAGGAAUAUAUCGAAGAUUCUCAGG